ACUUAGACUGCAGCCAUGCUGUGUGGUCUGAGGAGAGAUACGAAGAACAGUAUCGAUGAAGGACCGUAUUCAAAGGGUGGAAAGGAUUCUGGGGCAACUGACCAAUCACAUUCCUCCCGGAGGCGCAGCCUCUCAGAGGAGUACCGAGGAGUGACCACCGUGGACCUGAUGAAGAGGGAAGGCAGCAGCCUCGGCCUCACCAUCUCUGGAGGGUCCGACAAGGACGGCAAGCCCAGAGUGUCAAACCUACGGCCAGGUGGGCUCGCUGCCAGGAGCGACCAGCUGAAUGUGGGAGACUAUAUCAAGUCUGUGAAUGGCAUCAACCUGUCAAAGCUUCGCCACGAUGAGAUUAUCAGCCUGCUGAAGAACAUUGGGGAGCGAGUUGUGCUGGAGGUGGAGUACGAGCUGCCUCCGUUUGUCCAGACCCCCUCAGGUGUCAUAGCCAAGACCAUAGAAGUGUGCUUACACAAGGAGGGCAACAGCUUUGGCUUUGUUAUGAGAGGAGGCUUUCAUGAAGACUGGCACAGGUCUCGCCCUCUGGUGGUUACCUACGUUAGACCUGGGGGUCCUGCUGAUAGAGAGGGCACUCUGAAGGCCGGCGACCGUGUAUUGAGCAUAGACGGGGUGCCUUUAAACAGGGAGAAGCAUGCUGACGCUUUGACCAUGCUGAUGCAAAGCGGCCAGGAAGCUCUGUUCCUGAUUGAGUAUGACGUCUCUGUCAUGGAGGCAGUGCAGCAAGCCUCGGGCCCUCUGCUGGUGGAGAUAGUGAAAGGUCCCUCAGCCACCCUGGGGAUCAGCCUCACCACGGCGAUAUACAGGAGCAAACAAGUCAUUAUCAUUGACAAGAUCAAGGCAGCGAGCGUGGUGGAAAGGUGUGGAGCAUUGCACAUAGGUGACAUCCUCCUGUCUAUAGACGGGACCAGCACAGAGCAUUGCUCCCUGAUGGAGGCCACACAGCUACUUGCCAGUACAUCUGAUAUUGUCAAACUGGAGAUUCUCCCUGCCAGUCAGAGCAGACUUCCCAUCAGGCCGCAGGAAACAGUAAAAGUGCAGAAGAGCAACCAUCAUCAUUGGGACCAAAGCAGCAACUACUGCCAUCCCCCACAUGCCAGCCACGGCAAGACAUGGAGCAGCCCCAGCCACCCACACAACCAGCAGGACCACUGCAAAUCUCUGGUGAGUGGCGGCUUUUCCCAUUCCUCCACAGCCACCUCGGGCUUCAGCAGCCAGGGUAGCAACACGCUGCCCUGCCCCAUCCCCUCUACCAGCCCCCGCAGCACCACUGGCAAGAGGAGGAACAGGAAGAAGGACCACAAGAGCUCAUUAUCUCUGGCGUCCAGUUCGGUUGGCCCAGGGGGGCAGGUUGUUCAUGUGGAAACAAGUGAGGUCGUCCUGAGGGGGGAUCCACUCACAGGUUUCGGGGUCCAGCUGCAGGGGGGUGUCUUUGCCACAGAGACCCUGUCUGCUCCCCCAGUCAUCCGCUUUAUUGAGCCUGACAGCCCCGCUGAGAGGUGUGGCCUGUUGCAGGUUGGGGACAGACUGUUGUCCAUUAAUGGGAUCCCGACGGAGGACGGGACUCUGGAGGAAGCCCAUCAGCUGCUGAGAGAUGCCGCUCUGGCCAAUAAGGUCACACUGGAGCUAGAGUUUGAUGUUGCAGAGUCUGUGAUUCCCAGCAGCGGCACCUUCCAUGUUAAGCUGCCCAAGAGGAGAGGAGUGGAGCUGGGCAUCACCAUCAGUGCAAGUAAGAAACCUGGCAAACCCCUCAUCAUCUCCGACAUCAAAAAAGGAAGCAUAGCACACAGAACAGGCACACUGGAGCCUGGAGACAGGCUGCUGGCCAUCGACAGUGUACGUCUGGAGAACUGCACCAUGGAGGAUGCCAUGCACGUCCUACAGCAGGCCGAGGACAUGGUCAAACUCCGCAUCCAGAAGGAUGAGGACAACAUUGAUGAGUUGGAAAUGUCAGGCUCUAUUAUCUACACAGUUGAGCUGAAGAGAUAUAAUGGACCACUGGGCAUUACCAUCUCAGGCACCGAGGAGCCCUUUGACCCCAUCGUCAUCUCCGGCCUCACUAAGAAAGGCCUGGCAGAGAGGACUGGGGCCAUCCAUAUAGGGGAUCGGGUCCUUGCCAUCAACGGGGUCAGCCUAAAAGGAAAGCCACUGAGUGAGGCCAUUCAUCUCCUGCAGAUGGCCGGGGAGUCUGUCACCCUAAAAAUCAAGAAACAAGCUGACCAGUGUGAUGGCCGUCAGCCCUCAGAGCAGGCCGGGUUUCUAAGUGACACAGAAGACGAACUGACCGACUCUCAAAAAACCAGUAAACACUCAGAGGUCUACUCUGCCACUGUGCCCAGUAUAGACUCUGCCAUGAGCUCCUGGGAUGGCUCCGGGUUCGACGGCGGCUACGGCAGCCAAGGCACAUAUCUUCACAAAGCAGCUGAUUUAAUUCUCAAUCCGAAUGAGUGGAGACGCACAAAACACCGGAGCCACCCCGGUUCCAGCUCCACAGCCCUCGCCCACCACACAACCCUCUACGAUGGGAGAUUCACUGAGGAUGAGUGGGACAAAAUACCUGGAUUCAUCAGCCCCCCUCGUUGCCAUGGCACCCUGAACCAGGAAGACAGCUUCUGGUCCCAGGCCCUGCAGGACCUCGAGACCUGUGGCCAAUCAGAGAUUCUCAGGGAGCUGGAGGCAUCCAUGACAGGCAGCACUCUUAGUUUGUACCUUGAGGAGACCAAGACCCAUGAGGACUCGCUCCAAACUAGAAUUAGCCCCAUUAAGAGGGAGGGGAUCCAUGACGAGCCAAAGACCAAAGGCAACCUGAACAACACUCUUGGAGCCGGGGUCAUACCACGCAGGGGAAAGGGGUACCCCUCAGAUAUUUUGUCCCCUACUGCCCUGGAAUUGCACAAGGUUACCAUAAGAAAGGACCUUGAGAGCCGUGACUUUGGUUUCAGCGUAUCUGAUGGACUCCUGGAGAAAGGUGUUUAUGUCAAUAUGAUCCGCCCGGACGGCCCAGCCGACCAGGCAGGAUUGAAAUCCUAUGACCGCAUUCUACAGGUGAACCGUGCAAGGACCAGAGACUUGGACUGCUGUCUGACUGUACCCCUCAUCAUUGAAGCGGGAGACAUCUUGAACUUGGUCAUUAGCAGGAAUCCACUGGCAGCAGCAGACACCGCGCCGCGCGAGGACUGCGAGGACCCCUCGAACUCACUGUUAUGUUUUCCAGAGCACAGGACCAACAGCAUCGCCCUGUGACCAAGGUCAUGGAUUCCUGGCAUAGGCACUAGCUUUUGAAAUACUGUAUCACUACGUGACACUGAGCACGGUGAGGUUUGUUGUAUUGUACCUCUUACACGUUCACACUCGACACAUUCAAAUGAGCACAGACACCCAACACAGAGCAGCCGCUGACUUGCGCAAAUGCAUUCUAGCACAGAAAACACGCUCCUUCAUGUCAGGCCCACUUGCAAGCGUCACUCACUCACUGAGACACUCACAAGUGUGGGCAUUCACUAUUGCUGGUUUUAGUCACUGUGCUCACAUGACGCAGGCCAGAGGAGGCUCUGGCUACAAGGCCGUCCCCCCAAAGGCAAAGCCAAAUGCAGAGUUAUAUAACAAGGAAGUCAUAGCUUGUGACAGGACGACCACACAGAAGCAUCAACGCUGGAGAAAUUCAAAACACAGCACAUACACGCAGGGCGUAAAUCUAGUAUCUUUUUUCUUCGAUGGGGUUUACGUUAUUAUCGAGAAACAUCAGAGUGAAAUUGAUCCUCUGUAAUUUGUCACCCCAUGCACAGAUGCACAUAUAAAGCGCCAUAUGCAGAUAAUACGCACACAUACAUAUACACGCACAUGCACAAGCACAGGGUGUAAGCGGACACAAGGUUCAAGGCAUGUUGUGCUGGUUUAUUAUUUCAGCCAUGUCUUGGCUCACUGCCAUCUUUUCUAGGCUCAUCAGCCCCCUUCACUGCCUGCCCCAGAGACAGGAUGGUGCCUCCAAAUAGUAGGUACAAUGCUCACUGCUACUUGCCAAGUAUCAUAAACUAUUUUAAAGCCCCUUGUAUCUUCAUGUCAAGAAUGUUUGUGAAAAGAGGCUAUGCCCUGUCUGUUUUUAAAUGGUUGUCAUGCAACACAUAAAUAAUUUCUUAAUGGUUGAAAAAGCAACUACAGUGUUCAGUUUUUUUUUUUUUUUUUUUUUUUCAUUUUUAUUGUAUUUUCUUAAUGACCCUGCAAAGGUAUUGUUGGUUGCCAGUUACACAUUUUGCACAAAGUUCUUUGUUACACUAUUUGCACACCUUUUUUGCCUGAGUUUGUUUUUCUUUACACUGAUGUUUGCUUUGCCCUGACACCGCUUUAAUCUCCCUAUUAUGUUCAUGAGGUCACAGUCUUCCUUUCACUUUAUCAUAUUUUCACAUUCAUUAUGUGGGCCUGGCUGUAUGUAAACAUGUUUCAUAAGGAAAUGUACCAGUAUGACUUAACAGUGGCACUGAAUCUAUGAAUCACUGUGUUGUUGCUAAUGGUCUGUUAAGUGAACUAUGUCUUGCCAAAUGUGAGAUGAAAUGCCUUUCACUUUUGAAUAAUGAAUGAUUUUCUUGUUUUCCGUUGAGCACACUCAUUCUUUAAAGGCCCAACUCUGCGUAUGCUCAGACUAAGUAUCAGUUAGCCGUCCCUCUCUACAGUAGCUGUUUCUCUUACCAUGUCUAUAAGCAUGUUAAGCAUGCAUAGAAAUUGUCCUUUAACAAAAUUUCAUCAGUCACUGAUGGUGGGGGAAAAAAAUUGGAGUGAUCUGUCUGGCUCCAAUAGAAACUUUGUGAAAGUGUUUUCUUUUUUAUCCUGAUAUUAGGUGUUUUUAUAAAGCUCUUGCGUAACAAAUCUGGCCUGCUUACCCAGCUGCCUCAGUGGAAAUAAGAUUAUUUGUUUCAUUUCAUGUAUUGGCUGAUGUAAAGAUGUUGUGAGAUAGCAGAGUUUCACUGUCCCAUUUAGAGCCGCCUUGGAUGCUUAUUAAUCCUUGGGACAGUUUUUUCAUUCUGCUCUCAGACUCAUGUCUUCUAUUAAAUGUUGUAUACAGCGACCUAUUUUUAAGGUUUCACAUUGAUUUUGUUACCCUUUCUUCUGUACAGUGUCUCCCUCAUGAUAGUGUUUUAUUUUUCUUUACAUGCACGUAAAGUUUCCUUAUGUAAGGUGUAAUACUGAAUGUCUUUUUUUUUCUUAUUGGUUUAUCUCCACAUCCUCCCUGAUGUAACUAUUAAUAUACUUAAGACAGGUGUCGGUUCAAAGAAGCCUGUAAGAUAAAUAGGAUAUUUUAUUUUUGUUAUUUUUAUUUAAUUUAUUUUAAUCUAAGAAAUGUUUCUUUUUAUUAAAAUAAAGAUAUGAAAGUAUA